UUUUGUUACCUUAAAAAUCCAAUCAAAUUUUUUACAGUUUGGGACAUCUGUGAGGAUUUUAUGAAAAAGAAAAAAAUAUCUAUCCAAGCACUCAACGUGACACAGCCCUGGGUUUUCAACGGCAGAUGUCAAGCGACUACACAAAUUCUUUAAAAUUGACAAAAUCGUAGUUUACUUUGAAAAAAUAAGAACGGUAAAAUUCAAAUUUGUUUUUUUGGCGACUUUUGGACUCCCUUUGAGCUCUAUUGUCGGCGGUUCAAAUUUGACGAAUGACGAGGAAGCGAGUCCCUACUCGUCAGUCCGAAGGAAACACGCCAUUGUGAACCAUAUCGACUGUGCAGCACGAAUUUUUGCAAAACAACGCACGAAUAAAAUCAAGUAAAAAAUGGCGCAGGAAGCGGAUAUGCCAACUUUCAAAUGUGUGCUGGUAGGCGAUGGAGGUACCGGAAAAACAACUUUCGUAAAACGCCAUCUUACAGGAGAGUUUGAAAAGAAGUACGUCGCCACUUUGGGUGUGGAAGUACAUCCCUUGAUCUUCCACACGAAUCGAGGUCCCAUUAGAUUCAACGUCUGGGACACGGCUGGUCAAGAGAAAUUCGGUGGUCUCCGAGAUGGUUACUACAUUCAGGGACAGUGUGCGAUCAUCAUGUUUGACGUUACGUCCCGAGUGACGUACAAAAAUGUACCAAACUGGCACAGGGAUUUGGUCCGAGUCUGCGAAAAUAUUCCAAUUGUCCUUUGCGGCAACAAAGUCGACAUUAAGGACAGGAAAGUCAAGGCCAAGAGUAUCGUUUUCCACCGAAAGAAGAACCUCCAGUAUUACGACAUCAGUGCGAAAAGUAAUUAUAACUUCGAGAAGCCCUUCCUGUGGUUGGCGCGCAAAUUGAUUGGAGACCCCAACCUGGAAUUCGUCGCGAUGCCAGCACUUCUUCCACCAGAAGUCACGAUGGACCCACAAUGGCAGCAACAGAUCGAGAAAGACCUCAAGGAAGCCCAAGAAACGGCUCUACCAGAGGACGACGAAGAUCUCUAGGUUAUUUUUAUCCCCCAAUAUCCUCGGCAGGUGCGUGCGAGGCCUCCUCGAGUACGAACUGUGCUUGCCUCGUUUGGUCCAAGAAUCGGUCUUUUACAAACUUAAUGUUUCUCGUCUUUCCUUUUUCUUUCAAUUGGUCGGUCACUCAAUGCCGAAGGCCGUAAAUAUUUAUGUGAUUCUGGAUAAUAAAGUCUUGUUUCGAACGGAGCUUGCUUUAAUUUCACAAUUUUCGACGUUCUUCUAAAUCCGGAGAAAUCGACGUAAUAUAUCUGCGAGAAACUGGUUCCUAUCUAUCGACCUCAGUAUUCGAGUUUCUAUCACUCACAAGAGGGAAACUCGUUGCUCUCAACAUAGCAUAAUUAAAUGGCAAGAUUAAUUUUGUAAGGGGGAAUCUUCGGAUCGAAACGAAAAGUUAUCUAUAAACGUGAGCAAUCGUUAAGUAAUUGUAAAAAUUGCUUUCUUUUGUAAAUUGAAGGACGGUGAGGAGCCAUCAGACAUCAGUCUGUCUGAGUGACUCGCCUUCGGCGAAACUUAAAUUAUUAACAUGGCAGUAGAGCAAUUGAUAGCCGGCAGCAUUGACGCCAUUUCCAUAAACUUUUCCGAACGUUGUUUUAUUGGCUCCGCUUGAAGAGAGGGAAUUAUUUUCCAUGUUCCGCGAUUUUUCACUGGAAGAAGGCGCUUAUUCCAGUCUGUUAUACCUGUUUCAAGUUACCGAGGACUGUUUACUAUUUUUAUAUAGCAGAAGCGAAUGUAUGAUUUGUUUCACGGAAAUUGUCGAGUUUUUUCUACUUGCAGCCGUUUGUGUCCUUUGGGAAAUAUCUGUAGCGAAAAUGUUGCAUUUGAUCUUUAUUCAAAGAGAGCGAAAUGUGUAAAGUCUGUAGAAUAAUAAUAAUACAUUUUUCUGAUCAAAUAAUUAUAGUCAAUGUGGCGAGAUUUGUAAACUUAUCCUGUUUGUUUUGUGGAUGAAAGUUUGAUUGCGACUACCUUGAGCGGAUUGUAUUUCUGAUAUCUGAAUUCAAUAAAAUAAAUAAAACACGAAUUAAA